GACCAAUAAAGCUAAAUGGGUCCAGUCACUGGAAUGACUCCAGAUAAGAAAGCUGAAACGCCAGGAGCAGAAAAAGCUGCAGGACUACGUCAGUGUCAUGGGAUGGGAAGCUUGCCUGAUGCAGGUGAUGCUGGCAGGCCAAAGGCCACUGUGGUGGACAGAGAUUCGGCAGAUGACGAGCUCACAAAUUUGAACUGGCUUCAUGAAAGUACUAAUCUUCUAACAAACUUCAGCCUCGGAAAUGAGGGUCUUCCCAUCGUUAGCCCCUUAUAUGACAUUGAGGGUGACAGUGUGCCAUCCUUCUCGCCGUCUUGCUACCAGAACCCCGAAAAAAAAUCCUCCACUUCCAAACCCCCUUAUUCUUUCAGCCUUCUCAUUUACAUGGCGAUUGAGCAUUCCCCCAACAAGAGCUUGCCAGUGAAAGAAAUCUACAGCUGGAUCCUGGAGCGCUUCCCGUACUUUGCCACAGCACCCACUGGCUGGAAGAACUCAGUCCGACACAACCUUUCCUUGAACAAGUGUUUCCGAAAGGUGGAGAGAAGCCAUGGCAAGGUGAAUGGAAAAGGUUCAUUAUGGUGUGUUGAUCCAGAGUAUAAACCUAAUCUUGUCCAAGCAUUGAAAAAGCAGCCUUUUUCCUCAGCACUUGCAUUUUAUACUCCGCCAGCAUCACCACCAAGUAGGUCAGCAUCACCUCACUACCUAGCCUCAGUCCUUCAGCAGACUCAUGGCCGAUCUCUCAAAGAAUCUGAUAUUGAUGCUGCUACUGCAAUGAUGCUGUUAAAUACUUCCAUUCAACAAGGGAUGUUGGACUGUGAGAAACCUCAGCCGCUGAAGACACCCAAGAAGAGGAGUUACGGCAGCGCGUUCAAUUCUCCCGGUUCCAUAAAUCUGCAAGAGAACGAUUCUGCAGCCACCAAUAUUGAUCCAAAGGAGGAUCACAACUACAGUGCCAGCAGCAUGGGUUCCCAGCGCUGUGCAUCUAGAUCCAGCAUGUCUUCCUUGUCCUCCCUUGACGAGGUGUAUGAAUUUAUCUCCAAGACCAGCCAUGAUGGAAGCGAUGGCAGUGAAGGAUUUCACAGCGAAGUGGAUACAGAUGUUGACUAUGAAGAUGAUCCUCUUGGAGACAGUGGCUAUGCAUCACAACCCUGUGUAGAUACCUCUGAGAAAAGUCAGUCUAGCGAGAAAGCGUUCCAGGAGUUAUGUCAAGAAAUUGAUGAGGAGCUAAAAGAAGCAGCAGGGUCUCUGCUCCACCUUGCUGGCAUCCAAACGUGCUUGAGUUCCUUAAUAAGUACUGCAAAGACCCACUGUCACAAGCAAAGGAAAAAAUAGUAUGUUUCUCAGUGUUGAAUAUAUACAUAUAUUUUUUUUAAUUGUGGCAAUACUCUUCUACUUUACCCUUCACAAGGGAGAUCAAAGCCAUAAGAGGACUCAUUGCUUUUUUAUUUUUGGCACCAACUAUAAUUUAGCCAUUUAUUUUUAAAUCACUGCCUAAAAAGAAAAAAAAAAUAUUUAAUCUUUGCAAAUUAGAAGAGAUGCGUGACUUGUGAAAACCUGAAAGCAUACUUCUUAAUGAUCACUUUUUAUUUCUUUUUAAUAUUUGCUUUUAUUUUUUUUUUCCUAGAGAUAACGUUUGUUCAGAUGCACAUUGUGGUUCAUAUUUGCAUCUCUG